ACCGUAUGCGUAAGUUUAACACUAAGAGAAGGCGACUUGUUUGAAAAAAAGGUAUGAAUGUUUAGCCAUCGACCAGCAUUUUGCGGUGCAAAAUGCUAAAUUAGCUGGAGUGGAGCAGAAUUGUUCAUGAGUAUUAUAUUUCAAAUUUUGAAAAUUACUUAUAGAAGUGGCAAAAACCUUGCGAAUCGCGUUGCUUUCAAACACCUGAUCAAGAUGCCGAAGCAACGUAAGCAAGCGGGUGUAUCUCCCCGAUCGCGGUUCACUGACGGAGUGGGAGGAGCCCGCAGCCGUGAAACUAAACAUGCGAAACUUGGAAAUGGAGCACAGUCUCGGAAGGCAAAGGAUGAGGCGGCACAAUCAUCUUCGAAGUUCAUAAUGUUUCUGUUGACAUCUCUGAUGAUUAGCAUACCCCUCAUGAUCAUGUGGUAUCAGCAUGUCCUUCGAUCAGCUGUGAAGACGCCGCUAAGCGCUCCACUUACCAUAGCGAGUGAUGCCAGUUCCGCCGCCAAAAGUCCCGGGCGGUUUUGGGGUACAUACCGCCCCGGCGUCUAUUUCGGCUUAAAGACACGCUCUCCAAAAUCACCUGUCGUGGGUCUUAUGUGGUUUCGACAACCAACUUCUCCUAGUCAAAAUCCCGAUCUGAAAUUCAGGCACACAUGUGAACAAGGAGAUGGGUUGGACAAGUAUGGUUGGAUUGAACAUGAUGGUGUUAAUUUUGGAAUUCAAGAUAUUUUUGAUGGUCCAUUCCAAAUAAAAACGGCUUUUGCAAAGAGUGGAGGUGGACUUCAAGGAGGGGACUGGUCGGCAUCUAUUUCUGUCCGAUACAAAGAUGGAGUAGACACUACAAAGGAGAAGAAAACACUGAGCCUCAUGUUUUACUUUGCUCUCGAUGGUCAAGGAUCAAUUGAACCAAUCCUGGAUGGAAAUCAACUGCUGGGCAUCAAGGGCACCACAGAAGAGCUCGGGAAGUUUGUCCUUCGAUUCCCACAACCAACGAAAGUCAGAAUGAACAACUACUUGGUGUCCUACACUCCUGGUCUCCAUGCUAUCAAGGACCUUGUCAUGCGGCGGUUGAAGUAUCAUGAGUUGAAGAAGAAGAUCCAGCUUCUUGGUCUUGUCGGGAAUGACCAGCAAACGAUUGCAGCAUCACCUGACAAGAUGGCAAACAUCAUUGUCUAUCAAGUGACUGUAGAACCUCCAUACAUCAUGGAUGUUGUCUUUGAAUCAGGAAGCAAAGCGGACAGGGAAAAGGAGCUUGCUGGUUCCGAGUUGACAAGUCUUGUGCAAAGCUUCAGCAAUAAUUUCAACCAGCGUUUUGAAGAGAAGUUCGGGUUGAUUGAGAAGGGAUACGCACCUGAUGAAGUAGCGUUUGCAAAAGCAACAAUGAGUAACAUGAUAGGAGGUAUUGGGUAUUUCUAUGGAAGUUCGGUUGUCCAAUCCAAGCAUAAUACUGAACCGGUAGCGUACUGGACAGCUCCUCUUUACACUGCAGUGCCUUCACGAUCGUUCUUUCCUCGUGGUUUCCUGUGGGAUGAAGGGUUUCACAAUCUGUUGAUUAGCAAGUGGGAUCCUUACAUCAGUGUAGACAUCAUAGGCCACUGGCUUGAUUUAAUGAAUGCAGAUGGUUGGAUACCUAGAGAACAGAUUCUAGACUCUGAGGCUAGAAGUAAGGUGCCUGCAGAGUUUGUAGUUCAACAUGAUACAAAUGCUAACCCUCCAACAUUUUUCCUACCCCUCCAAUCAAUAUUGAGGGACGGAUCAUCUGUAAUCCCAAAGAAAGAGUUCACAUCCUUCCUAAAGCAUAUCUAUCCCAGGUUAGCUAAAUGGUUCCAAUGGUUCAACACAACUCAGUAUGGUCCAGUCCCAACAUCCUAUCGUUGGAAGGGUCGUGAUAGCAAGACAAAUCGGGAGUUAAAUCCUAAGACAUUAACCUCUGGAUUUGAUGACUAUCCUCGAGCCUCCCAUCCCUCAAGUGAAGAACGUCACAUCGAUCUGCGUUGUUGGAUGGCAUUGGCUUCAAGUGUGAUGGUUGAGAUAGGCAAGACCAUUGGGUUACCAUAUGAUCAGUAUGAGCAUACAUUGCAUGUCCUCACUAAUAAUGCCCUUCUUGAGAAGCUUCAUUGGUCGCCAAAGGCAAAAAUGUUUAGUGACUUUGGGAACCAUACAGCUAGAGUUUUGUUAGAGCGCCCUCACCCACCGCCCCGCCAACCAGGUCAACAACCUGUCCAGAUGGAGAUGGUUCGUGUUGUCAAAUCAAAAUUUGGACCUACCAACAAGUAUGUCAAUUCCUUUGGAUAUGUCAGCCUCUUCCCAUUCCUUCUCCACAUCCUAGACCCUAACUCUGACAAACUUGGCAAGACCCUCACCGACAUGAAAAACCCUGACAUGUUGUGGACAAACUAUGGACUUCGAUCCUUAUCAAAGAGCGAUCCAUUGUACAUGAAACAUAACACUGAACACGAUCCACCAUACUGGCGUGGAGCUGUUUGGAUCAAUGUGAAUUACCUAGCUCUUCGUGCCUUGCAUCAUUACGCUAAUGUUCCGGGUCCUUAUGCUGCUCAAGCUAAAGAAAUUUACAGUGAACUCAGGGCAAAUGUUGUUAGUAAUAUUAUUAAGCAAUAUAAUAGGUCAGGGUAUGUGUGGGAAAAUUACAAUGAUAUAACUGGGAAAGGGCAAGGAUGCCACCCUUUUACUGGUUGGUCAGCUCUUGUUGUACUGAUGAUGUCAGAAUCUUAUUAGUCAUGUAAUUUUAACAUUUUUUUCCUGAAAUGAAAAUAUUCUGUUAAGUGUUAUCUGUAUUUGUUUCUUGAUUUUAUCCCAUUAGAUUGAUUAAAUCUUUGAUGCUGAUACUUGGAAUUUAUCAUGUGAAUAUUAUCAUUUUGAAUGAUGAAACUUGCCUUUGACUGUUCUUCUCUGGUAUGUAAUGAUAAUUUUAAGAUGAAAUACUGUAUUUCUAUACCAUUUUGUAUUUCUGUAACUUCCCAAAAUUGAUCACCCGACUUUAGUCAGCCCCCAAAAUGCUACUUUGAUAACAACAGCUUGAUCACUGGGUCAGAGAAAAGAAGCAAUACUUGCCCUUCAAAAAUACAGUGUGAUGGGAAACGUAAAUAUACGUUGUGUCCCUUUGACAGACAUUAAUUUUAGCAACAAUAAUAAUCCUAUGUGUUUUGUUUAUAAGUUUUGAACAAUAUAAUAUGAAUGUCAAUCUGUCCUUGUGUGUAGUGAUAGGUAAGGAUAGCCCAAUAGCUUUCUGUUUUCACAUACAUGUAGUGGAAGUGAAGAAACCCUUAUCAAGUUUGACAUAUAAACUUUGCCUUUAGGUGCAAAGAAUUUGAAUCUACAAAUAUUGGAUUUCAAAUUACGCUGAUGGUAAAGAAAAGGAAUAAAGAAUCUAAUAAAGGCACCUAAGAAAAGUUUGCCAGCUUCAUUACCGCAUUACCCUGAAUACUAUUGGACACAUAUUUGGUGCAGGCAUUAGUUGGUUCUUGAAUCAACAGGCUAUCAAAGUCGAAUUAUUCUGUUGAUACAUAUGCCCUCCAAACAUGGUUAUUGUUAAAUAUGUGUAUUUGUGGAGCAUUGUGGCCCAGUGGAUUUGUCUUCGGACUUUGAAACAGAGGGUCGUAGGUUCGAAUCCCAGCCAUG